GGCCGCUGCUGCAUCCGGUAGCUGCCGCCUUCGCUGGACGCAGGCAGAUCCGCACCUUGCAGAGAGCGCGGCUGAUUCUAGCAAGGAGGUGGGCGGCGACCCAUCCCAUUAGGAUUCGUCCAGUCUCUGCGCACGCUGUGACUUCCGGGGGGACAAGGAGGGGCUCCCAGGGGACGCAGAUUUUAGCCAAGCUUAGUCCUCCCUACGUCUCAGUUUUAACAGAGAGGCCCCGAGCACCCCCCUGCCAACCACGGGAAAACACAGAAAGAGCGCUCGCCCUGUUGACGACUUGGAAUCCCUGCAAAAACUGGGAGAGGAGACGGAGGCGCCUGCCGGUUGGGAGGCGCGGGGAGCCCUCUCCACGAACCGCUUCGUGCGCUGCUGCGCCGGGCAGAGCCGGGUGAGCGCCGCGGGAAGGGAGCGGCUCAGAGCAACAGGUGCAGCCCAAAGCCACUCCUGGAGCGAGGCAAACGGCCAGCAAGGAUCUGGAGACGGUAAGGCGCAGCGAGGGCUCUCUCCGCCUCCACGGCUGCACCGCCGGCUCCCUCCUCCCCGGCUCGGUGGCCACGCGGUGGGCAGGGGCGCCCGGGCAGGGGGAGCCCCUCAGGACUGCCGUCCCCGCCCGGGAAGGUCCAGCUCCGGGCUCCCGCCCGUGUCCGUUCUCAGACGGCCCCGCACACAGACGGUGCCACUAGGCAAGGCCGCCCGGGGGCGCGUGCCCAUCGGGGAGGCUCAGGCUCGGAAACUCGCGCUCUGCGUGCUCGGCACUGGGAUCCCUGGCACUCUCCACCUCCUCACCGCGCCCUCUUUCCCUGGCAAGCACCCCUUGCGAUGGAGCUGGCGGCCGCGAACCUCAGCGAGGGGAACGCGAGCGAGCCCGAGUCCCCCACCCCAGAGCCGAGGCCCCUCUUCGGCAUCGGCGUCGAGAACUUCAUCACGCUGGUGGUGUUCGGCCUGAUCUUCGCGCUCGGCGUGCUGGGCAACAGCCUGGUGAUCACCGUGCUGGCGCGCAGCAGGCCGGGCAAGCCGCGCAGCACCACCAACCUGUUCAUUCUCAACCUGAGCAUCGCCGACCUGGCCUACCUGCUCUUCUGCAUCCCCUUCCAGGCCACCGUGUACGCACUGCCCACCUGGGUGCUGGGCGCCUUCAUCUGCAAGUUCAUCCACUACUUCUUCACCGUCUCCAUGCUGGUCAGCAUCUUCACCCUGGCCGCGAUGUCGGUGGACCGCUACGUGGCCAUCGUGCACUCGCGGCGCUCCUCUUCCCUGCGGGUGUCCCGCAACGCGCUGCUGGGCCUGGGCUUCAUCUGGGCGCUGUCCAUCGCCAUGGCCUCGCCCGUGGCGUACCACCAGCGCCUCUUCCACCGGGACAUCAGCAACCAGACCUUCUGCUGGGAGCAGUGGCCCAACCAGCGCCACAAGAAGGCCUACGUGGUGUGCACCUUCGUCUUUGGCUACCUGCUGCCGCUCCUGCUCAUUUGCUUCUGCUAUGCCAAGGUCCUUAAUCAUUUGCAUAAAAAGUUGAAGAACAUGUCAAAGAAGUCAGAAGCAUCGAAGAAAAAGACCGCGCAGACGGUUCUGGUGGUGGUCGUGGUUUUUGGGAUAUCCUGGCUGCCACACCAUGUCAUUCAUCUCUGGGCUGAGUUUGGUGUUUUCCCGCUGACUCCUGCCUCCUUCUUCUUCAGAAUCACCGCCCACUGCCUGGCGUACAGCAAUUCCUCGAUGGCCCUAGACGCCUGGAACUCCCAGCUGCUUGUGUCGAAGCAGCAGCACAUCAAGUAAAAUAACGUAUCAUAUAGCUUCACCAUGUUCUUGCGUAAAAGGAUUUAUGAAAUACAUGUAUAUAAACUACAUAGUCAAGUAAACUGGGUAAAUAUAUCAAUGUGGCUACUUUCUCUGGAAACUUAUCAUCUAAAAUUUAUGAAUUUUGAUCAAGUCUGGUUACAAAUAUCUCCCAGGUUUUAAAUUUGUAAGUGACUUUCUUUCUAAGGUAAUCAUCUUCUUUGGCCUCUAAAAAAAAUGUUGCGUAUUAGGUUAUUUGUCAAGUGAUGUUAAUGACUUGUUUAUUUAAUGACUUGUUUAUUUAAAAAAACUAUAUAUAGUAUGAAUAUGUGGCUUAAAAUGCUGAUAGUUACUUAUUGUGUUGGAAAGAGUAAAUUACAAAAUGGUAAUUAUACCUGAUUUUAAUUUGCACUGUAUUUUUAUUUUUUGCUGAGAAAGACUUGCCCUGAGCUAACAUCCCUUGCCAAUCUUCCUCUUUUUGUAUGUGAGCCACCGUCACGACAUGGCCACUGACAGAUGAGUGGCGUAGGUCCACGCCUGGGAACUGAACCCGGGAUGCUGAAGCAGAGCUUGCCGAACUUAACCACUAAGCCAUCAGGGCUGGCCCUCUACAGUAUUUUAAUAUUUUCUCUUUUAGAAGUGGAAAAGUUGAGCCUGAAGAACAAUUUAAAAUGCUUAAACCGUUGUUGAUGUGAGCCAUGUCUACAUCAGGCGAGUGUAUCUAAGGAGAGUGGAUCGUACAUUGUAAUGCAUCAGUCGGAUGUUUCGUUUACUUGCGAAAGCGCCACAGACUCUAGAUGGUGGUUUCCUUUCUUAGCUUGGCUGCUUCACUCACAUUCACCACUGCCGCCUCCUGAGCACUGGCUCGCUGCGCCUCUCCAGCAGUCCUCAUGGACAUGCUUCUGUCCUGGGUGCAGCAGGAGUGGGAGAGGUCACCACGGGGAGCAGUGAGUGGGAAGGGAAGAUGGUGGUAAGCUUCUUACUUUUGUAUAUAUUCAGAAAUAACCUCUGCUGGACUUUCUGUCUAUGUCUGUUUUAACAUUGGCUAUUUGCCAUAUUCAGACAAUUGUAUGAAGAGCUGAUUCUGUAGCUAAAGGUUUAGAUGUCACUUUUGGGGUGGAAAGCCUCAUCUUUUUUGCCGAUGAACAGGUUUCUGGGCAUCUCAAGGUAUAUUGUGUGACUCCAUAUUUUCAGCAGUUAGAGAAGUCAAAGGAAAGCUCACCAGCUGCUGGGAUAGAUGGGAACUGAAUCCACCAUUCAGAUCCAUCAGACUCUGUGGUAGUGGUGAUCAAUGAGGUAACCCAUAAACUGAGAUGCGUUUUGUGGUUGGCUGUAGGUUUUCUAUGGGACACCAUGCACUACAGUACCUUAUUUCAAAAGAUUAGAUAUUGACAAUUAAACUGGAACUAUUUAUGUGUCGUUCUAAAGACGGUUGUGAAUCAUUAAGCUCUUUUUUUUCCCUUUGAUGAGCUUGUUUUGGGCCAUCAAGCUAACAUGCCAUGCAGUGGGCAGACAUGUGAUGGUCCUGGGUCUGGUGCUGGUGGAGAAUGAACUGUACCCAACGUGGAAGUGUCUGGUAGCACUUGACAGUGCGGUAACAUCAGAGCAAGUGCAGGGCAGACCUCUGGGCACUGUCAAGGUAGUGAGCACAAAAUUUGAGGGGUGUGAUUUAUUUGUGUACAAGGUUCACACUCGCGUGGCUGCAUCGCUGACGUAGCAGAUGAAGUAAGAGGUUUUGUCAUGACUGGAAAUAAGUGUCAGUCCCUAGGAGAAAAUACGUGGUGUCCCUGCUUCUGAAUUGGGAUACCAGAGAUGAGAUGGAAGACCUUCAGGACGUCAUCGGCUACGUCAGGUAUCUAAAGCAUCAUUGAAUUGUUCAGACAAUCACAGAGCAUCACUGAAGUGCUGGUUCACAGAGCCUGCUCCUUGGAGCCCUAGGACUUCCAUGGAUCUCCCUCAGGGUCAUUGACAGAGGAGGGAGAGUUGGAAAAGGGGGCUGAUGGGGGAGCAGCUCCAGGUUCCUCCUCUCCUAGUCAACCAGAGGCCUUCUGCUUCCAUCUGCCUUUGGAUUUCCAUGUAAUAUUUCAUUCAAAAUUAGUUAAAAACAACUAAUCUAGGGAAUAUAUUAUCCAUUAUUUAUGUUAAAUUUUCCUGAUCACUGUUUCUGUUACUCGUAUACAUGUGCUUUUCCAUUCUCCCUUGCUCCUUUCUAUGUCAAUCAUAUUUCUAUGCUUGAGAUCUUCCAAAUUUUGUCAUUGUUGAGGGGUUCAUGAAUGGCCUGAGCCCUAAAGCUCCCACAUCUCUGUUUUUUCUGCUGGAUUAAUGACGUCUUACUGGUUAGCCUAUCAAUACUUCUCCCUUUAACAGCGAAGUGUCAGAAAUGCAAGCUUUAAGAGCAAAUUGCUCUUAUAAGGGAUCCCAGAUGACCAAUUUCUUCAUAGAAUCGGAAGGCAGUAGAGCAGGUCCAUAGCACGUUCAUCCUGAGAACCCUUUUCGGGGUGCUGAUUCUGACGGUGCUGCACCUACUAGAGCUUUUUUUCUGUGAACCGCCAGCCCGCCUCGCUGCUUCUGAAAAGUUAUGGCUGGGUGGAUGGCGAGAGGGACCCCGAGGCUGGACUCCGAACGCAGCCGCAGCGGGUCUCGUGGGCAUGCUCCACCUGGUUGUGCGGAGUGAUCCUCCUCUGACCUACCCCCGCCGCUAACUGCAUCUCCUCCUCGACUGCCAUCUGAGCAGAGGAACCGGCUUUCCAUGAUCCCUGGGCUAGGGUUCUGUCUCAACCGUCAGGAGUGAGGAUGAAAUGUAGGUGGGGACUUUGGGAAGAGAACACUGUAAGUGGUAGAAUCAAAAUGAGAAUGAUAAACAGGUGUCUUGUCGUUUAACUUGCUGUCGUAGGUAUCGCCGCUUAGACAAGGGCUCCACUUAGACACAGCCAAGAUCCAAGAAAGCAGAAGUGGGUGGAGAUCACGUUGAUUUUCAGUGGAAAUCUUCUCAUGUUGUUAGAGAGAAAAAAAUCAGAGUAAGCAUGCUAUUUUGGCACAUUUUGUCAAGGCCACCUAGCUUUGACUGUGAGAAUAUAUUGUUUAAAAAUGAAAGCAUGUCCUUUUCCUUCUAAAGAGUCUGUUAGGGCUAUGUAGAUAUAGCUAAGGAAACAGAUUUCAAUGACUCAGCUCAGGAUCUGAGUAUGUUCAGACAUUUGUGUCCCAUUAUUUCCAUAGCCUCUCUGGCCCCACAGAGGAAGUUUACAUAGAAGAUACCUACUGAGUGAAUGAACAGAUUCUCAGAUUUGUGGUAUUUGCAAAAUAGGGCUAGAAUGGUCAAGGAAUUAAACUUAAUAAUUCUCUUGAAAUUAUAUCAGAUUAUAAUUUAGGAAUAUUUUCAAACCAGAGAUGGAUACGUGAAUGCUGCUUUCCAUAUGUUGAUUUUCUAAGAAUCAGGUUUUACUGCCAUAUAUUUCAUAGAGACUGAAGAUUUGACAAUGAAGUAUAGAAAUCCAAAGUUUUCUUGAAUAUUAUUGGACAAAUCUUUUAAUUUCUCAAAUUAUAUCUGCCUGAGUAAGGAGGAGAGUAGUGAUGCAUUGUAGAAAGAGUGGUGGACAUUAGGAUACUGGAGGUGUGGUUUAAUUCUGUGGGUCGUUGCUGUGGGAAAUGCUGUCUUUGGUUUUCUCAUUUGUAAGGGAAGAGUUUGGAAAGGAUGGAUGAGUCUCAAACCUGACUGCACACCAGGAGCUGGGAGUUUUACAGAAGGCACUGAUGCUCUAGCCUCUCCUUAGAGCCGUGGUUGUCAAUCUACCAAGCAUCGGAAUCACCUGAAUAGGUUGUUAAAACUCAGAUUGCUGGGCGUCACCUCCAGAAUUUCUGAUUCAGGAGAUUUGGGGUGGAGCCCCCAAAUUUACAUUUCUAGCAACUCUUUGGUGAUGUUGAUGCUGGUCCAGGCACCACAUUUUGAGAACUACGGACUGCAUUUUCAGAAAUACUACUUGAUUUAAUUGGUUUGAAUGUGGGGCCCAGGCAUUUUCUUUAAGGCCUCCGGGUGCACUGCCAGAGCUGAGAACCACUCCAGUCGAGUAGAUGGCCCUUUUUAAGUCUGAACUUCUAUGGUUCUGUGAAAAAAAUGUGCUUAUAUGGGAUCUAAAUCAUUCGGAUUUUUAUUGUUUAAUUGAUCAGAUUCAUAAAAUGUCUGUUCAGCUAUUUCAUUACCCUAGCUACAGAAAUGUGUAAGUUUUCAAGAGCGUGAAAGAAUUUGAUAACUUAUAUGUAAGGAUUUCAGAGAUUAUCAUAACUUUCCCUUCAAAAGAAUAAAAUAAAAUAGCUUGGUUGAAAAGAGCAUCUAUACAUUCACUCUGUUCCCCCCAAAUAUGGAGGGGUAAAUAUAGUAUUAUUCAAAAGUGUUACAUGUGAUUUUUUUGACUCAAUGCUUAAAUUAAAUAUUUGCAUGUCUUUCUGUGUGGCUGCUAAUUUUUAACUACACUACUAUCUCUAAGAGAUAAAUGUAACUUACUCUGUGGUUAAAGUUUUUCAAUCAGAUAUCCCUGAUAACAUAGUAGUAUGGAUAAGGAAGAAAAUCUAUGUGUAUUGUAUUUUUAUUUUACUAAUGUGAUUGCUUAAGCACUGCUGUAUAAAUAAGGCUGAGCAUGGAUCUUCCUUAGCCAGAUGCUGUUACAAUUAUUCUCUAAAGUUUGUUUCUCCAAAUUUGUCUCAUCAUGUAUAAACUUAGCAUGAAUAUUGUGUAUAAAUUUAGCAUGAAUACCAGUAAACUUACAAAGCCAAAAACCAAAAAUUAGAAGCUUUUAUUAAUCCACUUAGUACCAAAUGUAGUCAUUCUAGAUCACCUUGCCUCUGUGUUCUGCAUGAAAUCUAGCUGGAAUUUGUGAUUUGGACCAAUAUUCUUGAAGUGAAAAUAAAAUUUGUUCCUCAAAGUGUGCUU